AUGACUACCACUCAGGUGCUUACCGCGACCGAGCUCUCCGAGCUCCCAUCCUUGCAUGGAGAGACUCCUCCGGACUGUCGGGUCGACCCGAUUGUGCAGGUGUCUGUACCUGAUAGCGACCCCGGGAAGGACUUUGGGUGUUGGUGCCCCGCGCGAGUUCGGAAUCACGCCUUCAUCUCCAACUUCACCACCGUCGCCGGCGGCUUCGAAUUUAGCGAGAAACUCGGCCGGGAAGCCGGGCCCGGCCAGGCCAAUUGGCUUGCCGCGGCGUAUUCCUUGACACAAGGCGCCUUUGUCCUGAUCAGCGGGCGAAUCGGCACCAUUUACGGACAUCAAACCGCCCUGCUGUGCGGCGGUGCCAUCUUCACCGUUUUCUCGUUCGCCAACGCCUUUUGCACCAACUACACGGCCUUUGUGGCCGCGCGCGCCCUCACCGGCGUCGGGGCGGCAUCCUGA